CCCGGCGCUCGGCGCUUGAAAGGAAUAAAGGAUGAACUUACUGAAUGGAGAUCCGCUGCAGCGUCUGCUGAGUUCAGAGCAGGACUGAAAACGCAAAAAGACGGAGCGGCCAAGAAUGAAACAUUUGGAGGUGCGAGUUUUCAGAGGUUACUAACUUCGGAGGCGCAGCGCUGCGAUGCGUAAUUUGAAGUGCCGGGUCAAGUGAAAAUUUCAGCCGGUCAAAAGAAGGACAGUCACAAGGUUGGCAGACUGGCACAGGGGAACAUAUGGCAGAGGUGAUGGAGGGCAGCGUAGCUGCGGCAGCAGUGCCCAACACCAAUGUGGACUGGCAGAAGAGAUGCAUUGCCCUGGAGACGCAGCUCAUGAGGUUUCGUCUGCAAGCAGGAAACAUUCGCCACCUACUUGCUGAGAGGAUGCAGGAGUUGGAACAUAGGGUGAUAGAGGCUGACCAGCGAGCAGAGAAUGCCGAAAAACAGGUCCACAUCACGGAGGAGAAACUGAAGUCUGCAAACAUGCAACCCAGCGAGUCAGAAAAUUUGUUGUAUAGGCGUUAUCAAGAGCUGAGCAGUCAAAUGCAGGAGAAAGAUAUGAUCAUACAGCGACUCGAAGGACAACUGGAGAAGCAGAACUUGGUUCGAGCCCAAGAGGCCAAGAUUAUAGAGGAGAAAGCAGCCAAAAUCAAAGACUGGGUCACAUUUAAGUUACGAGAGAUGGAAUCAGAAAACCAGCAGUUGAAGAAGGCCAACCUUAAGCAGGCAGAACAGAUCCUUAUGCUGCAGGACAAGCUUCAAACUCUUCUUGAGAGGCCCAUGUCUCCAACCGUGGAUGCCCACCUAGUCCCCACCAGUCCCCUCCACCCUCCCAGCUGCCCCGGGACACCCCCUGCCAAAGAGGAGAGUUGGAGACUGACAGGAUCUCGGAUAAAUGCAGCCAACUCUACAGAUAGCAAGAGGAAAAUCACAGAGGGUUGUGACUCUGCCUUUCAUAGUGCAUCCCUACUUCCCACAAUGCAAGACAAAGCAGACAACUCUCUCAAGUCUAGUCAGGAAGGGAUUGAUGGCACAACCCUGGUAAAGGAGGGAAGAGAGGGGGCGGACCUGUCUUUUGGACUGACACGUGAGAGAGCAGUGGGAGGAGCCUCAGACAGAGAUCACUACUCUGACGAGCUCAACAGCAAAUUCCGUUCCCAGCGCCUACAAUCUUCCUCCUCAUCCUCUUCCUCGUCCUCCUCAGCAUACGAGACCCCUGAUCCUGGUGGCUUUGACACGCCCACCCCUACUCCUAAAAGCCCAACCCCCGCACCACUAUCGCCCUCAUUAAUCCGCCUCCCUCAGUCGUGCCCCUUUCCUCUGGCCUUACCCUCGGGCACCAGCAUGACCCUUCCCAAAGUUCGCACCCCGUUAACCCCUCCUGAUAGCAUUCAACUCAUAAAGAAGCACCACAGUCAGCCGCAACCUGGCAUAGAGUGCCUCAGUCAGGUCAACGUCAACAUUGAUAUCGGAAACUGCUCCUUUCCAUCUUGCCACAGUCAUGUCCCAGGUUCAUUGCCCACACAUGAGCUAGAGGAGACAGACAUUGAUGAAGGACCUCCAGAGUGCAUGGAAGGUGUGGUGGAGGGACCACAGAUGGAAGCAUUGCCCUCUGAUGGGGGCUUAUUUGACAGGUUGGCCAAGGAACUGGAAAUGAUAGAUCCAGAGGCUCUUAAACCACCUACUCCACCUCUACACCGAUUCCCCUCUUGGGAAAGUCAUAUCUAUGCAGUAGCUAAAUCAGGAAUGAGAGUCUCAGAGGCCUGUCUUGGAGCCAAGACUUUUGGGAGAGUUUCUAUCCAACCUCAGCACUCUGCUGCCGGCCCCUUCACCCACCUCAUUUAUAAGAACAUCAGUGUGCCAGUAUACUCCACACUUAAAGGGAAGGCGACUCAGAUCAGCAGUGUUCCUCUCCCAGAUGAUGACUCUGGCUCAGAGGACGACAGCAGCUCAUUGGCCAGCUUGCACACAUCCACACUGGGGCCAGAUAAGAAGGGUAGUACCCCUGGCAGCCCCCGUGCUGUCAAAAGAGGUGUGUCCAUGUCCUCUAUCAGUUCUGAGAGUGACUAUGCAAUACCUCCUGAUGCAUAUUCUCUGGACAGUGACUGCUCUGAGCCUGAGCACAAGGUCCAGCGCACAUCGUCCUACUCUUGUGAGAGUGUCGGGCCGGAAACUCUGGAGAAAGCAGGUUACUUGUUGAAGUUGGGCAGUCAGGUGAAGGCAUGGAAGAGGCGGUGGUUUAUUCUGAGAAAUGGGGAGAUCUUAUACUAUAAGUCUCCGAGUGACGUGAUCCGGAAACCUCAGGGCCAAAUGGAGCUGAACUCCUCAUGUCAGAUCGCCCGCGGAGAGGGAGCUCAAACAUUCCAGUUAAUAACAGAAAAGAAGACCUUUUACCUAGCUGCAGACUCUCCCAAUAUCCUGGAGGACUGGAUCAGAGUUCUACAGAAUGUUCUGAAGGUACAGGCCAGUGGACCUGUUUCCACGGAUAAGGAAGCCAAACCCACAGUGCGAGGCUGGCUAACUAAGGUGAAACAUGGUCAUUCAAAGCUUGUGUGGUGUACUAUGAUUGGGAAAGUGUUCUACUAUUACCGGAACCAGGAUGACAAGUUCCCACUGGGUCAGCUACGAGUUCAGGAAGCACGGGUGGAAGAAGUGGACAGGUCAUGUGACUCCGAUGAGGAUUAUGAAGCAGGUGGGCGGGGCUUCCUCUCCUCUCAUUUCACAUUAGUAGUCCAUCCCAAAGAGCAAAGCCCCACCUACCUGCUUGUUGGCACCAAACAAGAAAAGGACACCUGGUUGUACCACUUGACUGUUGCGGCGGGCAGUUGUGCCAGCCUCAGGGUGGGCACAGAGUAUGAGCAGCUGAUUGGCAAGCUGCUGGAUGUAGAUGGAGACCCAGACUCCACAGUGUGGAAACGUGAAGUGCUGUGCUUCAGUAAGGAGGGUCUUCGUUCCCCCCUUACCACUCUUCCCUCUGAAGCACUUCAAACAGAGGCUCUCAAACUCUUUAAGUCGUGUCAGCUCUUCAUCAAUGUGCUGGUGGAGUCUCCCUCCAUUGACUACCACACCUCGCUGGCCCAGAAUGCACUGCAGGUGUGCCUAACACAUCCAGAGCUGCAAAAUGAGAUGUACUGUCAGCUGAUCAAACAGACCAACUGCCGCACACCACACAACUACGCCCUCACACAGUGCUGGCAGCUGUUAUCAUUGUGUGUGGCUCUCUUCCUGCCCCAGCAUCACUUUCUAUGGUACCUGAGACAGUACCUGCUGCGGAACGCAGAUCCCAGGAGUGAGGUGGGGAAGUAUGCCGUGUACUGUCAGCGGUCAGUGGAAAGAACUUUGCAAAAUGGAGAGAGAGAGGCCAAGCCUUCGCGAAUGGAGGUCCUAUCUAUUCUGCUGCGAAACCCUUACCAUCAUUCCCUACCCUUCAGCAUACCUGUUCACUUCAUGAACAACACUUAUGAGGUUGUAGGUUUUGAUGGUUCCACCACAGUGGAGGAGUUCCUAAACACACUGAACCAGAGGGCAGGCAUGAGGAAGCCCCAGAUUUCAGGCUUCGCUCUCUUCACUGAUGACCCCUCUGGCAAAGAUCUGGCGCACUGCCUGCAGCCCAGCAAUAAAAUUUGUGAUGUGAUCUCCAAGUGGGAACAAGCACUGAAAGAACUUCAUCCUGGAAAAUAUGAAGGAACACGGAUUGUCCGCCUGACUUACAAAAGCAGGCUGUGCUUCCGAGCUCAGGCUAAGGGCGAGACAGAGCGAGAGCGCCUCCUGCUGGCAUAUCAAGUAAAUGAUGAGGUACAACAAGGGCAUUUCCCUGUCAGUAAGGAACUGGGCCUGGAAGUGGCUGCGUUAAUGGCACAGGUUGAGCAUGGUGACCUUGACCGCCCAGCAAUGUCUCCCACUGGUUCUCCUCAGCCAAAGACCCAACAGAUCCUUCUGCAGGUACUGGAGCGUUUUUACCCCAAACGCUACAAGCAGGAAUGCAACAUGGAUCAGCUCAGGGACCUUGCUGAGCGUCUGGCCACUAAGUGGUCUGUCCUGCGUGGGUGCACAGCCUCAGAAUGUGUGAGAAUCUAUCUGACGGUGGCCCGCAAAUGGGCUCUGUCUGGGGCCAAACUGUUCAGUGCCAAGCCAUUGCCUCCCUCUUCAUUGGAGCAGAUUCAGGUGUGGCUGGCGGUUAAUGAAGAUGGGCUUAGUGUUUUGGACUACACCAUGCACCCGGUAGCCACGUAUCCAUACCAGUCAGUCAUUACAUUUGGAGGCUGCAAGGAGGACUUCAUGGUUGUGGUCAGCCAGAUUAAAGACCAGGCUUUGGGCAAGAAGAUUGUGGAUAAACUUUUAUUUGCAAUGGCUAAACCAAAGAUCCUGGAACUGACUCUUCUCAUGGCUAGUUAUAUUAACUACUGCAGCUCCAGCUUAACAGGGGCCAGCAACCAGACACAAGGCUCUGCACUGGGGCCUCAAGGAGACAGGAAGUUGUGGGACAUAGACAGCAGACACUUCCCCUCAAUGACAUACACUACUAAAGGCCCUACUCUUCUUUAAGAGUCUGGACACAUUGGUUACCAUUCGCAUAGUCUACAUUCACAAAUAUUAAUGUGCACUUCAAACUCUUUUGAUCUGAAAUAAUUGCUAACACUUUACAAUAAGGUUCCAUUCGUUAACAUUAGUUAAUGCAUUAGGUAUCAUGAACUAACAAUGAACGUACGUUUUUUACAGCAUUUAUUAAUCUUUGUUCAUGCUAGGUAAUAAAAAUACAAUUGUUCAUGUUAGUUCAAAGUUCAUGCAUUAACUAAUAUUAGCAUAUGCAACUUUUGAUUUAAAAAAUGUAUUGCUAUACAGUAUGUUGAAAUUAAUAUUAACCGAGAUUAAUAAAUGCUGUAAAAGUAUUGUUCAUUGUUAGUUCAUGUUAACUAAUGUUGUUAACUAAUGUUAACAAAUGGAACCUUAUUGUAAAGUGUUACCAAAUCAUUUAAUUAUGGAUACGAUUCAAACUUUUUGUGUUGGAAAGAUCAAGCCAUAAAUAGGGAGUUAUUUAUUAUGUGAAGAGGUCAACUACUUGCAUACUGAUCAAAGUCCAAAGUAAUGAAAAUAAAUCACAAGGGGGGUUUACGAAUGUACCUUAUUGUAAGAUCACCCACAGAGUCAGUACAGCUCCAACUUACAAAAAAGUUGGAGCUCAUUUUUAAAGCAUUAGCGCUUUUAGAUUUAAAGUCACGGUUAGAAAUGUUAAUUUGUGCAUUACAUUUCUUACAUGUCAUCCUAUUACAAUCUUUAUGUCUGUUUUUUACUUUUUUUAUUUCGUUUUUAUAAGUUAAGAGUUUUCUAUCUAUGUUUGUGUGGGACAUUUCCACUGUUUCACGGUACAUUAUUUAAUGGUACUGCCUAUGUUGAGAUUAAUUUAUGGCAUACUUUUUCUGGAUGGGUAAAGACAUACCGAUCAUCAUCCCUGGCACAUUUAAUGUCAACCUACAAACUAGGUUACAAGUAUACAGUAUAAAGGACAGUCUUCCAUGGCAAACUUUUCUUUAUAGCUCUCUCUUUCCAACUGAGGCUGGUUUAAUGUUAGAAAAUUACCACUUGGACAGGUGGAGGCACAGAACUGUACGACGUCUAGUGGUAGAUUAACAGGGUUGACAAAUUCCCAUUUAUUGCAUUGAGGUUUUUUCUCCUUCUUUCCAAGCAGGAAAUAACAGCUAAGUGAAUUUAUAGUUCUCUCAUAUGGUACGUGUUAUUUUUCUGUUGUACAACCAAACAUAAUGCAUAAUCUGAGCCAAACUGUUAAUCUGUCUCUCCAAAAAAAAACAAAAAAAAACAAAGGUCUAGUUUUAAAUGGUUAGUUAGAAGCAUACAAAGUACUGACACACAUUUCAUAUUUGUUCGAUAGCCAUUGUCUUGCUUCUGUUAAAAUUCAUGGAAUGGCCCAUGCCUUCCUCAACAUAACGUUAAUAUAUGCAGGAAUAUAUAUUUAUUCUCAAAUUUUUAGCUUGAGAAUUUAAGUUACCAUGAUUAUGAUAUCAUGACAUAUGCCUUUUUUCACAUGAAGUUUUUAAAAACUAGAUGUUAUAUUUACAACACAAAGACAUUGCAUGUUUUCAACCACAGAAAAUAACUCUUUUUAAUGAAUCACAAUAACUGCAAUGUUAACUAUCCUGCAAGAGCACAAAGUCUUGCAAAUUAUUAACAAAUGUGUUUAAGCAACAGAUAAUUUACAAAGUUCGUAAAAAAAAAAAAAAACACACUGCACUCUUGAUAAAGCAGUACAUGGACACACCAUUGUGGAUAUUAAUUUUGAAAAAGAGCCAUAAUAACGAUACAAGUGACUUGAAUUGUUCUAUGAAUCAGAACCACUGUUUCUGUAUUUUGAAUAUUUAUUUUGUCAUUUUGUGUUUGAAACAUUGCAUUUUUAGUGUAACCAACUUGUUUUAAUUUAGUCAGGCUUAGUUUUUUUCUAGAAACCUUGAAAUGUUCCAAGUUGCUUGGGAAAAAUGUCACUUUUUCACUGCUAAAGUAGGCCAUAAAUGCUGUGGUACAGACAUAAAGAGAUGGUGCACUACAUGCAUAGGGAGAUUAGUGAAAAUAAAAAGUUAAUUUUA